AUGGCGUCUGCUCUUUCAUCUUGCGCAGCGGCGCUUUCCAGCCUCCGCACCCGCAUGCCAGCCUUGCUUAGCCCCGUGAAGCUCGCGCCUGCGCUUGUGGCGGCUCGAGUCGCCGUCCCGCUCCGUUCUGCCUCGUCUGCUGCUGGUGCCAGCCCCGUCAAGGCUGCAUCUGUCGCCCACGUGCGAGCCGCCAGCGGCGUGGCUGCCCCGGUCGAGGCACCGGCGGCGGCGGCGUCCGACGUGGCGCCGCUGAUGCGCCCGUACCUCGCGGCGCUCCUGCGCAGCUACCUGGCGCGCAACCCCACGUCGCAGAAGGGCGUGCGGCUCGUGCAGGAAGCCGAUGGCGGGCGCCCCGUCGUGCAGGACCACCUGGCCUUCCGCACCUUCGGGGUGGACGGCUGCGGUAUCGAGUCACUCGCUAAGGUGUUCAUGGACUUCGGCUACGUGCGUCGCGACACGCUCACGUUCCCGGCCAAGAAGCUCCGCGCCUUCUGGUUCGCGCCGCCCGAGCACUCGCUCGCCAUCGACGAGACGGACGAGGGCGGCGUGGGGCUCAGGCAGCUGCCACGUGUCUUCAUCUCGGAGCUCGAAGUGGAGAAGAUGAGCUCCGCGGCGCAGGAAGUGAUCCGCAAGUACACGUCAACGUUUGAUCCCCUCCCGGCGCAAGUGGCGGCCGUGUCAAGCGUGACGGGCGCGCUGCCGUGGGCCACGCCCACCUCCACCGACUACCAGACGCUCGCCGCCGAGAGCGAGUACGCGGCGUGGACGCUGGUGAACGCGUAUUCCCUGAACCACACAACGAUAAGCGUGCACAGCACACAGCCGCACGUGUUCCAGCAGCCGGCCGGCGCGCCUGGCUUCGCCAUUGACGCGCUCAACGACUUCCUGCAGCGCAAGGGACUCACGCUCAACUCUGAUGGCAGCAUUCUCAAGGCCUCCCCUGAUGGCAUGCUGCUGCAGAGCAGUAGUGUGGCGGACACACGUCCAUUCCACUUUGCCGAUGGCGUGACUCUCUCUGUGCCGUCCAGCUACCUCGAGUUUGCCGAGCGCCUGGUGCUGCCAGAGCACAAGCACCUGCCCGCAGCAGAGGUCCAGGAGCAGCACCGGCGCGAGGGCUUUGAGGUUGGCAACGCGGAUAAGAUCUUUGAGAGCACCAGCUCGCACCAGCUGGCUGGGCGGCAGUAA